GGUUGGAGUGCUGGACAGCUCCUUUCUCCAAACAGUGCAGUGUGAAGGCGCAUUUCACAGUCUGUCUCCUGAGCCGAAGUGCAAACGUGGUAACUAAAGAGACAAAACUGAAAUGAAGUAAAAAUAAGUUUUGGUUCUCUUUGCAUGUGAAAGAUGUCAAAUAUGACUUUAUGGCUUUAACGUUCCAUUGACAUUAUCCUGGAGUGAAAAUACAAUUUUCACGCUGAAAGAGGAACAACGGGUCAAAACAGGAUAAUGAGCUUUUAAUCAUAGAGCCGAGACUCGGGAUGGAUUUUUCGACUCUUCACUCUCUACUCGCAGUCUGCCUUUUGUUCCUUCUAACAGUCUGCAUCAGCGAUGGUACAGAAUGUAUUGGUUGCAAUCCAGAGAACGGCUUCUGUGAGACAUCUGGAGAGUGCAGGUGCAGACCCGGGUGGCGAGGUCAGACCUGCGAUCAGUGCGUGCCGUACCCCGGCUGCUUACACGGGACCUGCCAGAAACCGUGGCAGUGCAUAUGUGAAGAGGGAUGGGUGGGGAGUCAGUGUGACAGAAACAUCCACUCCUGUAUGUCACAGCCCUGUUCUAAUAACUCCACAUGCAUUGAAACUGGCAACGGAGGAUACAUCUGUAUAUGCGCACAUGGGUACACAGGGAAAAACUGUCAGCAGAAGAUGGGACCGUGCUUCACUAACGGGUCUCCGUGCCAAAAUGGAGGAACCUGCCAAGAUUAUAACGGGUCUGCAUUGCACCCCUCCUGCUUGUGCCCCCCGGGUUUCAACGGAAAUUUCUGUGAAAUUGAUUUGGAUGACUGUGAAUCCAGCCCUUGUGUUAAUGGUGGGACCUGUGUAGACCAUGGGCCUGAUUACACCUGCCUUUGUCCUGGGAGAUUCAGUGGAAAAAACUGCAAUGACACUCUGGUUCCUUGUGUCAGCCAUCCGUGUGAAAAUGGUGGGAGGUGCCUACAACAUACAGAUGGGAAUUUCCACUGUGUCUGCAAGCCAGGGUUUACAGGAAAAGCUUGCAGCUCCCACAGGGUCAAAGCUUCCAGACCCCCUGAUAAAGAGCCCAGCCAUGUUCAGCACUACAGCUUGCCUUCUCACGUCUUUCACAAAAUGUUGCAUCAUCAGGAUCGGGAAGUCCUGAAGAUCACCAUGAAAGAAACAGUCCACAGCUCCAACUCCCUCAUCAACAAAAGCCAAGUCAUCUGCUUCAUUGUGCUGGGUUUACUGACCUGUCUUGUUGUUCUGGGCACAACUGGAAUCGUUUUCUUCAACAAAUGUGAGAUGUGGAUGGCCAAUGCCAAAUACAGCCAGCUUGUGCGAAAGCAGAGGAAUCAUUUCUUAAAAGCCAACAAUGGGGAGGAGCAUUCCAUGAACAUUAUUUUGCCAGAGAAAAUUAAAUUGACCAACUAUGGAAAACAUUACACAUCAAUCUGAUCCCUCCACCGGGUUGUGCUGCCUCUUAAAAAUCCAAAUUAUGUACAAUAAUUUGAAAAGCAAAUGUUCAUAGCAAUAGCUCAAGACUUAUUGAGGCUGUACAACUUUUCCUGAGCACUGGCGUUUUACUGUGCAUUUGAAAACUAAAAUACAAACAGUUUUCUGCUGGUGUAAAAUAAAAAAUAUUGUUUAUUAUGAAAAUUGAUUAGUAUACUGGUGCACACAAGAAAUGCAGCAGUCAGAUCUAUUGAAUAAUACAUUUUAAGAUGUGAUGUCAAACACAAUAACAAAAAGUGAAAAAAUACACAUUAAAGAGUCUUGAUAAGUUUUUAUAAUCAUAAAACAUUGUCAAAAACAAAAACAGGUAUAUUUAGUUAGGUUUCAAUAUCAGCUCCCUGAGCAUUAACACAAUACUGGAAGCAUUGACUCAUAGAUCUGAUACUGUAUAUCUCUGGACAGACUGGAUGUUCAGGCACUCUUCCUGUCUGCAGACAGGUGGCGGAGGUGAGACAUUUGUGGUUGUCUCUUUUUGAUGGAAUUGACAAGUCGGUCCCACUGUGGAAGUUGUUGAACUACUAUCAUUGUAACACCUUGCUUGAAAAUGUACACUUUUGGAUUGACUUGGAGCAACAAAACCUAUUGACUUAAGGACUUUGUUGAUGUGCCGCUGAGCAGUAAGGUUCUCCUUAAUGUAUGUCAAAGCUGUUUUUGUUUUAAAGCCCACAUCAUCACACUUUCAUUCGCCAUCUUAAUCACCUCAAUACCCAACACAAUCUUAACACAAAUCCAUACAUGUUGUGCUCCUUUUAGAUCUGUCAAGAAUUAAACAAUCAUGGUGAAUAAAAGCCUCUACUUCUUCUUCCACUGCUUCAGAGGCUCAAUGGCAAUUUCUUCUUUCAGUUGUGUCAACAUUAUUCCUGAAUGUCUUCCAAACAUGCAGUUCAUUUUCUUACAGGUAGAGACCUGCGGUCCUUCUGUUAAUGUGUUAUUCUUUUUGGAAUCCCUAACAAUGCAGCAACUGCAGUCUUUUGAGAAUGAUGGAUAAAGACAUGUAUCACAGACAGGCUGCCUUUAAUCAUACUAAGGGAAAGAGAUUUUCAUCGUUUCAACAAGGCAUGGUUGUAACUUUCACAAUUCUGACAUUAAGUAAAAUCAUAUCUCUUGAUUAGCUUUUAAUAAAGAUGCUUAAUCAACAUAUUGUGGCAAUUUUAAUUCAAAUACCAAACAAUGAACAUCUACUUGGCUCUUUUGUAAAUCACAUAACUUGAGCUCAAGGAUGAAUACUUGUUCCUAAGAGUUGAUUUAUCCUAAGGAACCAUACUACUUAGACAAUAAAUGAACAUUUUAUAAAUAUAAAUAUCAUCAUGUACAGUAUGUGUCCAAUAAGCUACAGAUAUAAAUGUUGCAUUUUUUAUUGUGCAUCAGUACUGUAUGUGUGCCAUUUAGACUUUGCAUUUGUAAUUCCUGAAUUCUUUGAUCAAAUGGGAUUAGGAUGAUACAGUAAAUACAAAUCGGAAAUGGAUUAAACUCACAAAUUUAAAUUUGGUUUCACGACUUUUCUAUGAAACCAGUAUGUUUAUAAGUAUGAGUUGUAGGUAUUUGAAAUAGGAUUUUCAAACUAAGCCCCUGCAGGAAAAAAGCAAUAUAAAAAAAGCGUUUUUGGUAGAAUUAUCCUGACACAUCUGUUUUGGGUUUCAUCAUUUUUUUGCUAAUUGAAGAAUAAGCCUUUUGAAUGAAAACAGUGCUAGUUUGACAAACUGACAGACAGCAGUGUCACAUCAGUGAGAAGCAUUUAGUGGAUAAGUACCCGUUGUAAUUAAAAAACAUCAAUCAGUGCAGAAAACUGAAGUGUUAAUUUAUGAAUUAGACUUAAUGAUAGCAUGGUUAAUGACCAACAGUUUUACUGUAUUUCACACAGAUAUGAUUCAUUGCUCUAUGCUUGUGAAGUGUGUCAAAGCAAAAUAAAGCUGCCAACAAAAACAACUCCAAUAAAAACACUCAGAAUAAAACAUCCUGUUUUAUGGGUGUGAAUAUAUUAAUUUAAAUUGCCAACUGGGAAGAAUAUACUUCAACUGUUCUUAGCCUUCCUAAAAGGGACUCUUUACUGUACAUUCAUUCAACAGAAUGUCUGCAGGGAAAUCCCACAAAUAAAGCACUUUUAGAUAUUGCUACACUCAAUUCACAGAGAAAUGGGGUCCUGGUGCUUAAUCUAAAUUAUUUUUUAACACUGUUUGAUAUUUUGAGUGUUUUUAUUCAUGCUUCCUUUUUAUUCUCUUACUAAAUAUUUUAAAUGUUGUGAUGUAAAUGUUUAGCCCCCUUUUGACUAUUUUGUUUCAAAUGUGAGCUCAGCAUGCAUUUUAUAAAUAUAUAAUGGUAUCUCAGAAAAGACAGAGUGAGAUGAUGAAUUGUGUGAACAUUGCCAACUGAAUGAAAUAUAAGCUUGCUGUUAAUAUAGUUUGACUAGACCCCGAUCACUCCAUUUGCAAUAUUUAUUUUCCUUUGCAGUUUGAUCUUGAAGAACUCCCUGAUGUCAAAGUUAAUAAAAAAACAUGUUGACAAGGCUCACCUUUUAAGACUACUGCACCAUUGUGAUCUGUUUUACACUGUAUGUAAAAAAGAUUUAUGACCUGUUCCGAAGAUUUUAGUUUUUCACCGUCGCUGCAUUUUAUGAAAAGAGAAAGAUAAGAAAAAAAUCAUUAAGUUUGUGAAGAGGGGGUCUAAAAUGGCUUUCUGUUUACUUGUUGUUAUGAAGUCUGUCAUGUGGAGGAAGCAAAAUUGUUUUUCUGUUUAGGAGAAAAGAAAUAAAAAUGGCAGUAAUGGUAAUAAAAAAUACAUUUUUAUCUAGCGAGAUGAAUCCUGUUGAUGUAUUAGGUACUACAAUUCUUAUAGUUUGCUAACAUCCAUUGAAUUCAACACCUACUGCAUUACCUAGAAAGGUGCAAGGACCAAUAUCAUUAUCCCAUAUAAUUAGUUAUUUUACAGCUACUAUAUAUUAUACUGUAUAUGAACUACAGCUGUACAUUGCAAAAACACUAUGUACUAUUGUAAGGCUUUGUGUUCCAGAUCAAACUUUACUUCAACAGUAAGCAGACAAUGCUUUACAAGUUAUUUAAAAUAAGUAAAUAUGAUAUAUCCUAUUGUAUGGUUCCACAGACCAUGAUAAGCACUGAUUGUGGACUACCUUACUAUUACAGGUAACAGGUUUAGGUGUAAAUUAAUUUUUAUCUUAUUUUUACCACCAGCCUUAAAUUACACUGUAGUGCUAUGAACAUUAUAAACUUAGUCGCAAUGAUGUGUACUUUAACCUACAUGUCAAAUACGGUUUAUAAUUUCUAUCAUUCAGAUUUUGCCCAAUGAUACUAUACAAAAUACAUAUAUUCAAAUACAUACUGUAUAUGUCAAGGUCAUUUAUUGCAUUGAUGAUUAUAAUUGAGGAAAUGGAAUCUGUGAAAAUUGUAUGGAUUGUCCGGGAAUGUCUGAGUCUCACAAUACAAGUGAAAGCAUAGUGAAAGCAAAGCCCUGGAGAAUCACUUUUCUCUUCCCUUGAGUUACAGUAUAAAAUUUCCCUCUCUACUGUAUGUAUCUUCUUAAAUAUAGCUCCCCAUUUGCCAAGUGAUUGGCAAAAGUGACAAGCAAAAUCAUUGCUCUUUUCUAUGUGAGGUUGUUAUUAUUAUUUCUUAUUACAUAUUGUAUGGCACUAUGCUCCAAGUGUAAUUAAUCAGUGUUUAAUAUUUAUUGGGUGUUCUUAUUUUUAACAAAAAUAAACUGAAGUAUGAACACUUUCAA